AAAUUUCACAAAAUCCUCGUUUUCCGGUCCUUUUGGUGUGAACUUGGGCGGCACGCCGGAGAAACUCCAUUGGAGAAAGAAAAAAAAGGAAUAUGAUUGAUGGUAUCUUUUGCUUUACAAGCAAUUUCAAAGCAACCAUCAAUAAUAAAACAGUGAGAGACUUCCUGGCCAUGUGGCGUCCAGGAAGCCGCUGGCCAAUCAGGAUGCAGCUUGGAAGUCAUGCCAGCAUCAGCAUCCUCCGCGCAUGUGUGCGUGUGUGAGUGUUCAUGCGAGUGUGUGUUGCAUGUUUAAACAGCGGACGUGGGCCGCCUCCAUCCGAAUUCGAGCAGAACUCUUCGGACGAAAUCUUGACGCCAACGAGGCCGCCUCUCCAUGUGCUCGUCGGUAGCAAAUGGACGCCGAGGUGCUACUGGGCCCCCCCGUGAUGGCGGACGUGAACGGCAACAAUAAGCUGGCUAACGCCGAGCUGGAGGUGCUCAAGCUGCAGGAGCUGGUCCGCAAGCUGGAGAAGCAAAACGAGCAGCUGCGGAGCAGGGCUAACGCGGUAAACAAUUGCCCCGUCGCCUCCCGACAUCAGCACCUCCUCCUCCAGAGCGGGACCCCGGCCGCUUGUCUGCCCGCGGCCAGGGAGCCUUUCCCGGUUAAGUGUGAGAGCCAAUCCCCCCGGGAGCCCUUCGCCUAUUUUCAGCCUAGCUCGUCGUCGUCUUCUCCCGACGCCGCCGAGGAGGAGGUGCAAGACGGCGUGGAGGAGGAGAAUGGAGCCUCGACGGUUCUGGAUGAGGUUGACAUUUUGGACCUUAACACCGUGUUCUCAGACUCCGAACCGGAUAGCUGGCUUUACGUGAGCUCCAAAUCCAAGCCGGGCAGCGACAAAGUUGGCAUCAGUCCUCUCCAGUGGUGCAGGCAGGUCCUGGACCACCCGGGACCAGAAGUAGAGCUGGCAAAGAUGACGCUGUGCCACAGAUUGGACCAAGCCAAGCGGUGGCGCGGAACCUCCCCCGUCCGACCGUACAGCUGCAUAGACGGACUGUCCACCCUCAGCUGCCCUAUCCUGCCUUACUCCAAACCUGCUGCAAUAACCGACACCACAGCUCUGCCGCCGGUGCCGUCCAGUCCCGCCUUCCCCCUCCGACCCAGCCUCAGCCUGGACAGAGCCCCCAGCUUCCUGUCGAACUCCGGUCUGCACAGUAUUAGCCGUCGGCAUGCUGCCAUCAGCCCCCAGUCUUCCCUGGACAGCGAAGCAGGCAUUUCCGAGCUUGAUGAUGACUCCAUUACCAUGGGAUACAAACUGCAGGACAUGACAGACGUGGAGGUCAUGGCUCGUCUUCAGGAGGAGAGUCUGCGUCAGGACUAUGCGUCUACCUCAGCGACGGUCAGUCGACGCUGCUCCAGCUUCUCCCUGAACUCGCUCCGACGCAGCAACAUUGACCUUGAGGAGGACGAUGAGGACGACGAGGACGAGGGCUACGACCAGCUCCCUCCUCCGCAGCCUCGACUCUUCCGUACGGGAUCGGUGCAGCGGGGUAGCCUGCCCCACUCUCACACCUUCUCCAGCUUCCGGGACUGCAGACGCAGCUCCAACGCCUCGACAUUCUCUCUCGGGGCGUUGGCGCCAUACGCAGGGGUUGCUAGCCUUAGCGAAGAAACCCAAGCGUCGUCGUAUAGGAACAGCGCAGACAUGAAACUGCGGCGAAGCAUGCCCAACCUGAUGCGCGCCCCCAGCAUGCCGAGUGUUCCUAGUAUCCCGAGCGUUCCCAGUAUGCAAUGCCUGACGUCCCCCGUCACCCCGGCGUCCCACGGCCCUUCAUCCCUGCCGACCAUGUCUUCCCUACGCAGCAGUCUCAGCUUUGACUCGUCCAGCAGCCUCGCACGCCUCCAGUCCUCCAUUCCUUCUCCUGGCCAGCUGAGUCAGCGUGUCCAGAGCAUCGGCAACUUCCCCACAGCCCCUCGUCACCCCCUCAAAGCCACCGCCUACGUCAGCCCCACUGUCCUGCAGGGCCCCUCCACCUUGUCCGCCUCCACCAGUCUGCACUCCGUCCCCGGCAGCACGGCGCUGCCUCAACCCCUCAAGCCUGCCGUCAGUUCGGUACCGCAGCCUCUAAAGACCCCGACCGUCGGCCAGUCCGCCGUACCCCGCAGCUCCCUCCCUCGCCCCGCCUCUUUUGUGGGCCUCGGCGGGGCGCUGCGCUCAAACAAAAUGACACAGUCCACGCGGAGUUUGCUGACACCCCCAAAGAGCCUCGCCUCCCUAAGCACCUUGAGGGACGCCAGCUGGAAAGACGGCUGCUAUUAACCUUUACGCAGGUAACCAUGAGGACGCUAAUGCUAAUAAACAGGGUCAUGCUGCAUUUAACGGCAUUUAUUAAGCUGCCACCCGAGAAGGAACGACUGUUUUAUUCUUUUCUAAGGGAUCGUGUAAACGGAUCCAGCAGGCUGGAUCGUUGUAAGAAAACAGAGGUGGGAAAUCUGCUGCCUGAGGGCCAGAUUUGGCCCGCCAAAGCAUUUGAGCAGGACCAAAAAAAAAAGCAAAUCAAACCUUUAGAGCAGUACUUCUCAAAUUGGCGGUACUAGAAUAAAGUGUAAUUGCAACUCAGUGUGACUAAUUUUCAGAGUGUGCGCAGUAUUUUUGAACCAAACAAGAGCACACAGCAAAGAGCGCUAGAGAUAUGAGGAGCUACUAUGAGGAAAUAUGACAAAGCGUAUGUGGCUUUUGGCUUUGACUGUUAAUACAGUGGGAGACAAGGAAAGACCAGGCGGUAACACUUUAUAAUAACUAUCCGUUUUACUAGUUAAUAAAUCAUUUGUAAACUGUUGAUAAAUGAUUUAUUGUUGAUUUGUGAAGUAUUCGUUAACAGUUUGUUAAGCAUAUACAGGGUGUUCUUAACCUGAAACACAGUUUGUGUAGAAACGUUUUUGUGUGUAACAUUUGGCAUUUCUAUCUUUUCAGGUUAAUAAAUGCUGUUCACUUCAAAAGAAAAGGCAUUUUCAUAAGGCAUUUUGCAGGCAGCGCUCAUGUUGCACAUUUAUGAAAAUCUGCCCUAGAACAAACAGUAUUUGUACUUUUCUUUGUAUAUUUAACCAAUAAAACUUAUGACCUUCAACAUAAAGUGUAUAUAGUUUUAUCAAGAUUCAUCAACUAGCAUGGGCAUUUAGAAUGGGGUCAACCAUGUUGGAACACCCUGUAAAUGCUUAACAAACUGUUAACAAAUACUUCACAAAUCAACAAUAAAUCGUUUAUCAACAGUUUACUAAUAAUCUAUUAACUAGUAAAACGGAUAGUUAUUAUAAAUUGUUACCUACCAGUCUGUUUACUGUGUCUAAAGAUGUUUGCAGCGGACAGCAGGAAGCCAAAUCAGUUAAGAUGUCACUUAAUGACAUGAGACCUCAAUUACAUUGAUAAGCCGCUUGAUUUUUUUUUCCGUGAAAACAUGCCGAAUAUUGCCAAAAACCACCCCGCUUUGUCAGUGUUACAUCAGUAAACCAGCGAGCACUGUUAGCAUCAUAUAAGGUGGCAUACCAAGUUGCCUAGUGCAAAAUAACGCCACACCAUAGCAAAGGAGCUACUACUGCCUGCAGCAAAAAUAAAAAGUGCCCCUCUGUCCAAUCCAAUUUGUUUUUGUCGAUUAAUUUUUGUUUUUUUGGUCAAAUUGUUUGGCAUAUUAAGAGAAAAUAAUAGAGAAGUACUGCCUUAGAGGAAGCUGAAAAAAAUUCCCCUUAUCUCCUAAUAUCUAAUAAUAAUUUGUUGCAUCGUAUUUUCUCAUAUAUUGAGUAAGGACUUUAUAAAAAAAAUAACAAAUAAAUGAAGGUUCCCCACCCCUGUUGUAGAGAAUUGCAAUAUUUCACUAACCAGUUGUUAAAUGUGAACUCUUUACUAAGUGUGUGUUGAUUGCUCAUCUGCAAGCUGGAAAAAUAAAGCUUUUGUACAUGCUUUUUUCAAGUAUCUAAAAAACUUAUGUCACUGUGGUGUAAAUUAAAAAAAAAAAAAAAUGUUUUGCUACAUUCUGUGCCUGUUUGGAAGUGGUGUCACAUUCAUCAUAUUCAUAUCACUGGUAUUUACUGGCCUCAUUUUGCAGCACUUUUAUGGAACCUACUGUAUGUGAAUAACAUUUUGAAAGUUUUGCGUUGCUUAAAUGAUGACUGUUCUUUGAUGUGAAUUUUUUGGUGUUUUUAUUCUUUUUUUUUUUUUUUUUUUAAGAUACUGUACUUCCAUUAAUGUGACCACCGCAAGGAUAUUGCACAUCAUCGCUGAUGAGUUUUACCAUAUGUAUGAUGAGUUUAAUGAGACGGUAAAUUUUUAAAGUCAAAUAAAAAUGUUUUGAAAAUAACUAUUUUUUCUUUUUUUUUUUGUUUUGCUUUCCACAAAAAAAAUAUUUGCUUAAAUUUUUUUUAACACUAAUUUUUAG